GGUGCGGAACUAAAACCAGCAUAGAAUAGGUGUAGUAAUGAAAUGAUAUAUUUAAAUGGCCCGAGUUUUCUUUCACUUAAAUCUACAAAUGCGCUUUCUAUUUGAUCUGUUCAGACCUUCUAUAAUGGGAGAUAAUAUCACGAACUUGUAGGAUUUAUUUCUUUCAGAGCGCACAGUUCCAAGUGUGAAAACAAAAUGCCUAAGCUAGGAAGGAGGAGCGAAUUCACUGAACUUGACCAUCUGAAAAUGGCGACUUUAACAGCUAGCACUGCCCCAUAUGGAACAAACUUCACGCCAACAUUUUCACCCCGGAUAAUAGGAAGCAAUUUUGUGACCGUCUUAGACAGACCGUUAAAUAUUGGCAAGCAUGAAAAAGUUCAACUGAUCUCAGAAAAACCCAACAAUUUGGACCCAAGAGCGUUAACAGAUUUCAGCAGGAAGUACAAUCAACCUUACAAGGACCCAUUUCACAAUAACAAAUGGCAUAAUAAUUCUAUCACCAACAGACCAGAUUCUAAAGACAUAUUUUCUAAAUAUCCCAGAUUAGCUCCAAAGGAAGGCAACAGAAUUAAGAAUCUACAGAUGUCCACUGUAUUUGAGCCAGAGGCAUGGACCCAAAGCCAAAACGGACUGAGUGAAUUUUUACCUCGAGGAAUGUCCGGGUCAACUUCAAGUGUAUUAGCCAAUGAAUCCACUGGGUCAUUCAAUACGCCAUCAGUGACAAACAGACGGGAACUAGACAUACCAGAAUUUCGUCAAAAAUUAUUGUCACAGAUUCCACGAGGAGUUGUCUUGCCUACUGUUCCUAUAGUGUUAAGUGCCUCAGAGGAAGCCAAACUACUUCAAAUAUUAGCAACAGAACUAGACUCUUUUCAUCCAGAACUACUUAGGGAUAUAUACAUCAAUAUUUCGAACACAGUAGACAAACAUUUAACAGGUUAUUGUCAUUAUCAAGAUUUAGUUCGCGUGUUCUAUAGGAUGUCUCUCAGGUUCCCUCCAGACUUGCUGCAGAUUGUUGCUGCUCUGUUUGUAAAUACUCUCAGGAAUCAAGUUCAAGUCAAUUACGAAAAGUUUCUUUCAUUUGUUGGAGCAGCGCUAAAAAAGAAUGUUAGAGAAAACCCUGCAAAUAUGUUAUAUAUAGGUGAUGGCGGAGAAGUAAAGUUAUUUAGAACUGUAGCAGAGCAAUUAACAAGUAACGAGUUCAUUAUUGACUACCAGAAAUUGAUUGGAGCUUUACAGUCAGCUGAUCGGAGCAGAAGUAAUGCACUAACAGCCAAUCAGAUCAAGACUAUUUGCUUUCAACAACGUAUUCCCAUUCAAGAAUCUCUUGUCAAUAGUUUGUUACAGAAGUGUGAAGACAGCAGACGUUAUGACUUAUAUAAUUGGUGGGCGUUUAUCAAACUGUUACAAAGAAUACAACCAGACUCAGGUUCUAUUUCAUCCCCUAAAUUACAAUCUGGGGACAAAACUAAAAGAUUGAGAUCCCUGGCUUCCAGUAGUUCCAGAGAGACCAACAAAUUUGGUUAUACAGAUACCUCAAUGUGGAACCGAGAUCCCCCUAUAUCGCCACAAAAAGAAAAUGUCCCAGACCCUAAUAGAGAAAUUCUUUCAAGAAUGGAUCAAGUUCUAACAGACUUUGAGAGAAGCUACGAGCGUUCCAAGUUGAAACUGUCGCCAAGAAAAGAAGAGUUAUCUUGGUUCAAAAACUUUCAGAAGUUUGCUGACGCAAUUUACAAACAUGAUGAAAAAUUUGAAGGAAAACUUCCAUACAGUAAUAUGUCUGAAUGGGGGAAAUUGUACAACGAUACCUUUGAGCUGGACAUACCGGACAACUUGAUCCACUUAGCGCUAAAACAAGCAACCAAGAAAGGACAAGUGGAUAUACAUCAGUUCCUAACACUACUGGGCAAACAAAACUAAGACAAAAGGACAGUAUCGAGAUCUAUUCAAAGAUCAAAAGUUUACCAGCCUCUGGUAUUGAAUGUUUGAAAAGUAUUUCUCGUACUAAUAUCGAUGUCAUAAUGUAUUGCUUUUUAUUUUCCUCAUUUUCAAUAUGAAGAGAAUAUUUCUUCUGACUAGAUAUUUCUUACAAAUUUAGUCGAAUGACAUGUUUAAUACUGUUCAUAUACAUCAGGGUUUAUUCUAUGUAUUGUUAUGUUACUUGUAACAAUGAACUGUGAGGAGAACACAAUCUGGGAGAAGGUGUCUGUGCUACUCAACAAACACUCAGCUUGGGUUUCAAACUCCAGACCAUUGGAUUGGGAAACAAAAAAAGGUUUAUUCCUUUCAGCCAAAUUUCACACAGCAAGUUUAAAAAUGUAAACUUGACUGUUUAGACUAAAUUAUGUCAGUAAAGAUUGCAAAAAAAAUACCCGGAUUUCGUUCACAGAAGUUAAAGGCUUACGUAUUUUUUUGAACGUGUGGCAUGUGAUUCGGGCUGUCGUUAUGAAGGUCCUGAAUUCAAGUCCAGCUCGCUGCCUGCCGUCCCACAGGACGCAAUAAUCUUUAUGUAUGAAAACAUGUUAAAAACUUGUUCAAGACUUGAAAAUAUCCAAUUCUUAAUCUUCUAUCUGAACUUUUUUUUUAUUUUAUAAAGGUUAUCUUUAGACGGGUCUUUAAAAAAAUAAAGAAUUUAAAUAACAAAGUAUUUAAAAAAUUAAGUAUUUAGCUAUCUUAUUUGUAUUUAACUUGUAAAAAAUAUAUUUUAAAAACUAUUUUUCAAUAGAAGUCAACUAAUGUGAUUUUGUAAUUAAUUAAUCAAUUAUGUCUUUAAUUUGUCUUCAGUAUUUGUGGUAUUUGUUCACUUUGUAUCAUUCAGAAUACGUAUAUGUACAUUCAGUAUU